UCCAGACGGACACAGCCGACCCCCCUCCCUCCCCACUCUCGCCUUUGGGCAGCAUCAGCGACAUGCUCGCCUAGGCGCAACGUCCUUAAGCCGCUGUGGCUUGUCUAGUUUGUAUCUUUGGUCCAAUUGUCCACGGCCGGGGUUCGUUUUCGCCGCAAGCCAUGGCAUCGGCCAACGUUACGCUGGAGAAUCAGCUGCAUAGCGCCCAGAAGAACCUGUUGUUCCUCCAGCAGGACCACGCCAACACUUUGAAGGGGCUGCACGCGGAGGUCCGACGAUUACAGCAGCAAUGCACAGACCUGACAUAUGAGCUCACUGUGCGAAGCUCCGAUCCUUCAGACAGCGGUGAGGUGCGAUGCCGAGAGCUGCAAAGGAGGUGCGAGGAGCUGGAGGCAGAGCUGAAGAAGAAGGAGGAGGAGAACACAGAGCUGCUGAGGGACUUGGAGCAGAAGAACGCCAUGAUCUUCGUGCUGGAAAACACCAUCAAGGAGCGGGAGAAGAAGUACCUGGAUGAGCUGAAGAUGAAGAGCCACAAGCUGGCCGUUCUGUCCGGAGAGUUGGAGCAGCGAGCCAGCACCAUCGCUUACCUCACGUCACAGCUUCACGCCACCAAGAAGAAACUUCUGGCGGGCAGCUCCUCGGAGGCUAGCCCCAACGUCAGCCCCGUCACCUUCAAGCCCACACCUCCGCCGCCCAAAGACAGACAACCUGAAACCCCACGCCGCCGUAUGAGGAAGAGCCUCUCCCAGCCGCUUCACCCCGAGCUGACCGAGGUGUACCGGCUCGGCGCGGACGGCAAGCGGUUGCUCCUGCGUGAUACGGUGGACGCAAUGCCCGACCCGACGCCCUUCCUGCAGGCGGGGAGAGAGUCUACGGAUCUGCAGGUGGUUCGAGAACGACCCGCCGUCAUACCGCCUAUUGCCUCGGAACGCCCGCCCGUCACUGCCUCGGGGGCCACGGCCAGUCCCCGUCACAGCCCGGCUCGAGACCGCCAGUACAGGGCUCACGUGGGGGUGGCUCACCGCAUCCCCCAUGAGACCCCUCCCUUGGCCCCGCCCCAGGCAGAGUUGGAGACUCUGGCAGUGGAUCAGGUGAAAGAAGAAAGGGUUGUGCGGAAGCGUACUGGGGCUGACAGGACAGUUUAAAGCCGUCGUCACACACGCACACCAAUGCACAUGCUCACACACUUACACGACUCACAAAAUGUUGCAGGCAAUCGGCUUUAUCGUUCCUGAAAUGGACUACAGUGAACCAGCUCAAAUUUACGGGACGGCGUUCACCAAAAACACCUCCUUGCAUUUGCUGAAACUUUCUAAUUCACUGUUUUGAGGAUCAGUCCAAAGUCACAUCUUUUAUGAAAGUACUGCUUUGAUGCCAUCCCGUGGUAUCCCAAUCAACUAUUUUGAAUUGAGCGGAAGAACUUUAAUUUAGUAAGGGCACAAUAAUUUGCAGCCUUCUUGUUGGCAAUUUUAGGAAAUUGCAAACCCCUAGGAUGGUGUCACUGUAUACUGAAUUUGACCUUUAAAAUUUUGGAUGUCCCACUUAUGGAAUGUUUCUUUUUUCAUAACUUGCUGCUCUCUGACACAAGCAAAAAUCACAAGAGCUAUUUUUUUCUUCUUCAACAACGUCCACUUUUAUGCCUCUCGGUGACUCUUCCAGUCUCUCUUUAUCUCAGCUGCAGCCUGUUGAUGGAACUGACACUCUAAGCUCAGUGGCCACUUCCCUCUGAGGACAUCUGUUUGAAGUCUGACAAUAGCAAGCAAUGGUCGAUGUCAUCUGGAUCUUGGGCCUGUUUAAAUGCAGAUUCUCUCAAAACAGGAAGCUGCUCGAUGGUAUCAAUUUUGCUAUUUACGUCCUUGUCAGAGAACAGCAAGUUGUGCUGAAAAGUACUGACACAUUGUUGAUUGUGUAUUCAAAACUUCACUAAAUGUGACAGUCCAUUUUAGGUUCAUCCUGAAGUUUUACCCAAAAGCCCGAUAUGCCAAAAUUUUGUGAGCAGUGUAUCGCCGUGUAAAGAUACACAAGAGGGAGCGAGGAGCCCAAGCACUGUGUAGCCUGCUUUAUACGCAAAACACUGUAACGUAAAAUGAAAAUGACGCCAUGGAUCAACGGGCGUUUCUUCAUGCACAAUUGAAAAGGACAACUGUACCGCAAAGCAUGCCAAAUGUUUCUUCUUUACAACCCAACGAGUGUUGAAUGACAACGCAUCAUUCUGUUCUAUGGUGCAAUCAACACAUCCUCAGCCAAAUAUCUGCAUCAGUGCCUGCUUGGUGCAAACAACUCGCACACUGCAUAGUGUAGUUAUGGCGACCAAUUGUCUCCGGAUGUCACGACAAACUGUCUACAGCCGCUAAGGACAACAGCAAUGAUUUAGCUAAUGCUCUCCGAAUGACUUUCACACGCUUGCAAUGUCAGUAUAAUUCCAUUACUGUAGGUUGCAUACUCAAGGUGAAGCGGUAAUGGCACAUGCAUAUAUGCUUCAAUUCCAUGCGAGCUAAAAGUCGUGUCUUUUGGGGAAAAAGAUGGAAACAUCUGCAUUAUCUGUGUUAUUUGUGAUACAAGGGCAUUUGGAAAAGUACUGCUGUAAUAGGAUUUUGUGAUAUAAUUAUACUUUGUAAAGGCUGUACAUUUGUAAGCAAUUCCUGUUUUUUUUAAAUUCUGUGUUUAUUAGAGAAUACAACAACACCUCAAAUGGUAAUGUCACUUUAUAUCCUGCUUUUCACAUAACACUUAUCCUUGAAUAAUAAUAUAAAUCCACACAAUAAAGCUUUUUUUGCCGAUUGCCUA